AUGGCCCAGGCGUCGGCCCUGAUAGAAAAAUUCCCCAACCCCGCCUCUACUACUGUCGUACUCACGUCUCCUCUCACACGAACGCUGCAAACUACUAUCGCCGGUUUCCCCCAAAUAAUUCGCAAAGGUGCGGUGGGUGCUACCCAGCUCAUAAUUGAUCCAGACCUUCAGGAGCGCAGCGACCUCUCUUGUGUCACUGGUUCUAGCCGCGCUGUACUGGAGGCCUUUCCAGGCCUCGAUUUCGGAGGAUUGGUAAACGAAUGGUUCAUCAAGGAAGGAUCGUACGCCGCAGAUGAUGUUGUGGUGGCGGAGCGUGCGCAACGAUUCCGCGAUAGAUUGCGAGACAUUGUUGCGGCACUCGCGAAGGACGGAGAAGAAUCUGGCAAACGGCAAGAAAGGAACGUCGUCGUUGUCACUCAUGGCAUGUUCAUGAAAUCCCUGGCCGAAGACGAAUCUAUUGAUCUCCCAAAAGCAGGAUGGAAGUCUUUCACAAUGGGCAAUAGAGGGUAUGGAAGAGCUGUACUUAUUCCCUUGCAAUGA